GCAAACCAACAGGAAAGGAGAGUUGAAAAGUUCCUUCUAUCAAGACAAUAUGAUGAAGCCAUCAAAUGCCACAAGAAAGCUGCUGAAUACCUACUUGAAGCAAUAGAGAAGACCGAAAGCCUGGAGAUACGGCAGAUGCUUCAACUAAAACAUGAUCACCACACACGGCAGCCUGCCCUCUUGGAAGAAACUCAACGAAGAGAGAAACGAAAGAAACAACUCUUAAUUGAAAUGAGUCAAAGGAAUGAAGAGAAAGAUAUUAAUGCAAAUGAAACCAAUGCAGCUGAUACAGAUAAUACCGAUGGUGGACUUAAGAAUACUCACUCAGAAGAGCAGUACGACUCUGUUGAAAACGCUGACUCAUUACUGCACGUCUUGAAAGAGAACUCAAAGGAGGAGGAUGGAAACGUAACUUACAGAACACCGUAUUUGCUAAGCUAUCUAAAAUCCAUUCCUCUGGCAUCAUGGAUAUCAAGAUCAAAAGAAAAACCUAUUGAAACGUUUAGCAUGGAAACAUGUUCGAAACGGCCAAGUUUUGAGAAAGACAAGAUUAUCCAUAAGUUGCAAGUAACAAUUAUGACUUUAGCAAAAGACUUGUAUAACAGCGAGGAGGAAAAUAAGUACCUUAAAGAAAAAGUUUCCAGUCUUGAAAUGGAAUUAGAAAGAAAUAGAUGUAGUAGAGAUAAUGUACAAGGUGAAGAGAGCCCUCUAUUGGGGUCACUAAACUUGCCCUUUUCAACAGAUAUGGAUGAUACUUCAAAUCUGGAUACUUUCCAGCUUCAUUCUCUUCAACCUUUACCAGAAUUAGAUAUGCCAGAAAACCAAUAAUGUCUGGGAUGUAGUCUUUUUCAACAGAUAUGGAUAAUACUUCAAAUUUGGAUACUUUCCAGCUUAAUUCUGUUUGAUCUUCACCAGAAAUAGAUAUGCCAGAAAACCAAUGUAAUAUCUUCUGCAAACCUCUCGAAAUACAGGAGAAUCUUUCACACUUAUCUGAAAACAAACCCAUCCUCCCCCC